GAUAAACAGUCAAGGAAGAUGUUUCUGUCUCUCCCCACAAUGACUGUCCUUGUUCCUCUGAUCUCUUUAGCUGGACUCUUUUACUCUGCCUCUGUAGAUGAAAACUUUCCCCACGGUUGUACCAGCACCAGCAGCCUGUGCUUUUACAGUCUUCUCUUGCCAAUUACCAUACCAGUUUAUGUGUUCUUCCACCUCUGGACUUGGAUGGGGAUUAAGCUCUUUAGACACAAUUGAUGCAAUCAGGGGCUCCCCUGGGAAACUAUGUAGUAAGGCCAUGUGAUUUACUUUUAAACAGAAAAUAUAUAUACGAGAAUGAUCUCAUUUUCAUAGCAAACUAAGAUUUUCAUCCUUCUCUUAGAGACUCUGGAUUAAAGAAAUUUAAAAUGGGCUUUUUUAUCUCACCUUUUCCAUAGUUAUGGGCAGAGGAGAGGAAUCCCUGUAUUCAUUUCAUUAAAAUGUUUCCUUGUUAGACUUAACAGCCCUAAUAUUGAUGUAUAUAAAUGUUGGAUUUUAGUUUUGAUUAUACUCAACUAAAAGUUAAAUACAUUUACUGAAAGGUUUUUGGAUUAUUUUGGUUAGUAGAUGAAAGGCUUUUGGGCAAUGGAAGGUAAUAAUAAAAAUAACUAAUAUUUUCAAAGGUACUACACCAAAUAAUUUGUUCAUUUAAUUAGUUUCAGAUAAAUUCAUUUGAACUAGCAUUCAUACAAAAUAAAAUGGAAAUUGAUGUGUAUAGCAAACUUA